AUGCCAGCACACCCACGCUCACCAGCCCCCAGUACCGUCCCUUCCCUCCUCCGCCCUGCGCCUGGUCCUCCCUCCCUUCUCUUCCUCCCUCCUCGCCUCCCCUCCUGCCGCAUCUGCUUCACCUUCUUGUUCCUCCCUCCUCUCCUCUCCUUCCCCACCAACCUCCGUCUCCCUUUCUUCUUUCCUCACCUCUCCCACCCCACCCUCAUCGUCCUUCUCAUAGUCUCUCCCUCCCUCCUCGUCUUCUUCCCUGUCUACCUCAUCGCCUACACCAUGCUCCCCGUUUCCCCCGCCCUCCACCUUUGCCUCGCCUCCACGUUUCCUCCGCCCUUCCCGUUUCCCUCACCCUCCCUUGUUUUACCAACCUCCUCCCCCUCAUCAUCUUUACCUUCUCGUUUCCCUCACCCUCCCUUGUUUUACCAACCUCCUCCCCCUCAUCAUCUUUACCUUCUCGUUUCCCUCACCCUCCCUUGUUUUACCAACCUCCUCCCCCUCAUCAUCUUUACCUUCUCACCCCCUUCCAUCUUCCACUCUCUCCCCAACUUCCCUACCCUUUCCAUCCUUCAAAUACUCCAUUCCCUCUUCCCCAUCCUCCGCUCCAUCCCCCUCCUCCUCCCCUCUCCUCCCCUUCAACCGGCUCUCCCCACUCGUCCCCCCAUCAACCUCCUCCUCCUCGCCCCCGCCUCCCCACUCCACCGCACUCCCCCCCUCUCCUCCCCUGGCCCUCCCCCAUAUCCCUACCUCCCUACUGUCCUCACUUACCUCCCUACUGUCCUCACUUACCUCCCUACUGUCCUCACUUACCUCCCUACUGUCCUCACUUACCUCCCUACUGUCCUCACUUACCUCCCUACUGUCCUCACUUACCUCCCUACUGUCCUCACUUACCUCCCUACUGUCCUCACUUACCUCCCUACUGUCCUCACUUACCUCCCUACUGUCCUCACUUACCUCCCUACUGUCCUCACUUACCUCCCUACUGUCCUCACUUACCUCCCUACUGUCCUCACUUACCUCCCUACUGUCCUCACUUACCUCCCUACUGUCCUCACUUACCUCCCUACUGUCCUCACUUACCUCCCUACUGUCCUCACUUACCUCCCUACUGUCCUCACUUACCUCCCUACUGUCCUCACUUACCUCCCUACUGUCCUCACUUACCUCCCUACUGUCCUCACUUACCUCCCUACUGUCCUCACUUACCUCCCUACUGUCCUCACUUACCUCCCUACUGUCCUCACUUACCUCCCUACUGUCCUCACUUACCUCCCUACUGUCCUCACUUACCUCCCUACUGUCCUCACUUACCUCCCUACUGUCCUCACUUACCUCCCUACUGUCCUCACUUACCUCCCUACUGUCCUCACUUACCUCCCUACUGUCCUCACUUACCUCCCUACUGUCCUCACUUACCUCCCUACUGUCCUCACUUACCUCCCUACUGUCCUCACUUACCUCCCUACUGUCCUCACUUACCUCCCUACUGUCCUCACUUACCUCCCUACUGUCCUCACUUACCUCCCUACUGUCCUCCCACUGGAUGGACACCAGUAG